GUUCCAAACACAUGGCUGCCCACUUGUGUUUACAACUUCUCGGCGAGCUGGUGAACGGCGCACAAGUUCCCCGCAAAGAAGACGUCGACUAGUUUUCGUGCGUGUGCCGUUUUCUUCGUGCCUGUGUGAACAUUUGAAGCUGCAGAGAGGGAAGAAAAAGGACAAACUUCCGCGUCAGAAGAGCUACAGCAGGUGGGUGAUGUCCUCAAACCCCAGCAGACUCAACCGUCCACACUGCAGGAGGAAGCACUAUCCCAGCAGCACUUACCUCACCCACGUCUGACAGCCACCCGCAGGACCCGGGGCCUUACGACGCCAGGAGGACCGACACCGCCAUGUCCGAUUCAGCCGGAGGCGGCGAGAGCGGAGGCGUGGCGGCUGCGGGGCAGGACGCCGAAGCAGACGGCGAGCCUCCUCAACAGGCCCCGCCUUCACUCUGUCCACCUGAGCAGGGACCGGCGGAGACCACGGAGGACGGGCCGCCGCCGUCUCCCAAGCGGUCCAGGAGGAGCGAGGAGGAGCAGGGUGAUGGCGUGACGGCACAGGAACACACCGCCGCAUCCCCACAAGGGACGGGUGAGCUCCAGCUACCCGAGGGGGCAGAUCAGCGGGCGGAGGAGGCAGCAGAUCCUGAAUACUUAACAGAAUGCCAUCAGAACGGAGACCGGGGACCUGCUGCUGCUGCAGGAGAAGAAGAGACGAGAGCAGAGGAGGAGGAGGAGCACGGUGACGAAGAGGCUGCAGACAGCCCCGCAGCAGGACAGCACCUCGACUUGGAUUUCAGCCAGAACCCCUCCAUGCUGACUGGUUCCUGGACCGAGUACUCCAACUUUCCAGAGAAUUACCUGAAAGGCUGCAAAUGGGCUCCCGACGGUUCCUGCAUCUUGACCAACAGUGCCGACAACGUCCUCCGUGUCUACAACCUCCCUCCAGAGAUUUACAGCUACAGCUGGGACUCCAUCCCUGAGAUGCCUGGCCAGCAGCAGCCGCGACAACCCCGUCCACGUGUGGGACGCGUUCUACGGCAAGGUGCGUGCCAGCUUCCGACCCUACAACCACCUGGACGAGCUGACGGCGGCCCACUCGCUCCGCUUCUCGCCGGACGGGGAGCGGCUGUACUGCGGCUUCGACAAAAUGGUGCGGGUCUUCUGCACGGAGCGUCCCGGCAGAGACUGCGAGGAGCGGCCGACCGUGGUGAAGAAGCAGGGUCAGAGCGGCAUCAUCUCCUGCUUCGCCUUCAGCCCGUGUCAGUCGGUGUACGCCUGCGGCUCGUACUCCCGCUGCGCCGGCCUCUACUGCUGUCAGGACGGCGCCCUGCUGGCCCUGCUGCCCACCCGCCACCACGGAGGCCUCACCCAUCUGCUCUUCUCCCCCGACGGCAACUACCUGUACACCGGCGGCCGCAAGGACCCAGAGAUCCUGUGCUGGGACCUGAGGGACCCGGGCAAAGUGGUGUUUUCCCUGAAGAGGAACGUGGCCACCAACCAGCGCAUCUACUUCGACCUGGACCCAUCUGGCCGAUACCUGCUGAGCGGAGACACCGAGGGAGUCGUGUCCGUCUGGGACGCUCACACGGCGCCUCCCGAUGGAAACGAGGAGCUCCUGCAGCCACAGCUCAGGUUCCAGGCCCACUGGGACUGCACCAACGGCAUCAGCGUCCAUCCGUUUAUGCCCAUUCUGGCCACGUCCAGCGGCCAGCGGCAGUUCCCCUGGCCCACCGACAGCGAGGGCGACUCGGCCUCCGACACCGAAGGCGGCGGCGGCGGCGUAGCGCUGCAGCAGGAGAUCCGGCAGGACAACGCACUGACUCUGUGGUGGGCCGGUCCACUGAGCCCACCCGCAGAGGAGAGCCGAGACCAGAACACAGCCGCCGCAGAGGAGGAGGCCCCGGGCGUGCCAUCGGUUUAACUAAAGCACACAAACUGUGCUUCACCUUUGAUAUCUUUGGCCUUUUCUUACAAGAAUAUUUGGGUUUUGCAAACAUAAAGAUCAGUAACUCUGUUUUUUUUUUCCCCAUCUUCAGCUCAAGAACAUUUUCUCACUGUUGGUUUAUAGCUCGUGCCAUAUUAUCUUUUAAUGUCAACAAUAUUUACAGACUCUGAUUCAGCGAAGAAACGGGGUUCCUACACAUUUUCUUUAGGACGGAUGGAUGAUUUUACGCUUUAUUUUUUGUUCCCAGACCUGGAAAACACUUAAAUAAGUUUCCAGCCUGUGUCGGAGCCGUGAAUCCGACAUCAUCAAGCCUCAUUUGGCUCCGUAAAUAAGCUUCAGUAGGUUAGGUGCUGGGUUUCAUCCGGUCGGAUCGGGAGCCGCACAAUUUGAUUCCUUCAUUCCCGACCAAACACAACUUCAAUUUUAAACCGGUUUACAGUUUUUAUUUUAUUUUCCUGCUUAUCUUAAUUCAUAAAUCUGCUCGUGUUGCUUGGAUCUUCAGCGGAAGCUUGCGUCUGUGUUCGCCGUAUCGUCUGACCGGAGCCGUGGGUUUGUGUGUGUUUUUGGCUCCAGCUCUGCCACAGUGACAAUAAGUGCCAUUCGUUUCCCCCCCGAGCUUUUGCUUUUAUAAACCGACAGUCUCCUGUUUUUCUUACCUUUGUAAGGCGGCCAGCGUACCGAGCCGUGUCGCAGCGCAUGCCCACAGAUGUAUAUUUUUGUACCUCGCCGCGCUGAUUUUCCCCCCGAAUGUCCCGUCUGUGAGCGGGGCAGCCCAGCUCCGCCACGCUCUGUGAAAGUCUUUAAUAAGUGGGCUCAGCUGCUAGAUAAACGUGUUAUUUUUUCUACUGUUUGUACAUGUGUGUGUGUGAGAAACACAAAAACCCAAUCAUGUUUAAAGUGAUUCUUUUUUUUCUUUUGUUGCCAAUAUGAGGGUUCGCUUUGCUGCAAGGCAUCUGCGCAGGUCUAUCUAUCCAACAUAUGCCUCUUUAUAAUUGGACACUUAGAAAUUAAUCAGUUUUUUUUUUUUCUUUUUUACGCCCCUGCACUUCUAUCAGCUCCUACACGUUGCCAAGCAUUAUUAUUAUUUCCACUCUGCGAUUAAAGCUACACCAAUUUAUUCUCUAAUAAGGAUCAUUCAGAGCCAUGUGGGGCCUGAAGAUGCCAAACAGGUCUCUGGGUAGAUGUCUCUGCAGCAAGUGGCUUCUCUGAUGCUUUAAUCCACGCUGGAGCGAAUUAAACUCACAUCUUCCCCCCCCACACACA